AUGGGUCAGGCCGCCUCCUCCUCCGCCACUGCCUCCUCCUCCGCCAUCCCAUCCGCGCCUGCGAAGUGCCCAAUAGACCACAAGGCGCAAGCGCAGGCGCAGGCGCAAGCUCCCGCGAAGUGCCCCAUCCAACACGACAAGCCCGCGCAAUGCCCGAUCCAGCACGACGCGCCCUCUGCCCCCGAGCUGAACCCGCUGAACCAGAUGCCGACGCUCUCGCAGGCGAUGGCGGCCGCGCAGGCGGCCGCGCUGCCGACGGAGCGCGAGACGUCGACGAUCCCGCGCGGGGACGCGUCCGGCGAGCGGUGGGAGUACCCGUCCCCGCAGCAGUUCUACAACGCGCUCGUCCGCAAGGGCUGGGAGACCCCGGAGGAGCACGUCGAGACGAUGGUCCACAUCCACAACUUCCUCAACGAGGAGGCCUGGCAGGAGAUCGUCAAGUGGGAGCGCAGGGAGGACCCGUGCGUCACGGCCGUGCCCCAGCUGUCGCGCUUCAAGGGCCGCCCUGGUGAGCUCUCGCCCAAAGCCCGCUUCUGGCUCUUCGCUGGCUGGCUGCUCCCCUCUCGCUUCAACUCUGAGCCGCCCUUCGACCGACACGACUGGGUCGUCCGCCGCCCGCACGGGGAGGAGGUCCGCUACGUGAUCGACUACUACUCCGCGCCGGACGAGCCCGACGGCUCGCCCGUGUUCUCGCUCGACGUCCGUCCCGCGCUCGACAGCGCCGGGAGCAUCAAGCAGCGCAUUUUCGCCGCGACCGAGGACGUGUGGGCGGCGCUGCGCGAGAACGACCCGCAGACGCGCCCACACUGA